AUGACCUCCUACCUGAAAGCCAGGCAGGUCUGGGAUGUCGUGUCGGGCGACCUCCAGCGUCCUGACUGCUUACUCAAGUACGCCAAGCCUAUUACGGCAGACAUCCACCCCUUGGUGGAACCGCACCUCGCUGGGGCGGUGAGACAGCGCGCUAUUGAGGCGCGCCUCGAAGUGGAGGUCCAGGCGUUCGAGCGCCACCGUGAAUGGUCGCGCCGCGAAGCCGAGGCCUACCACAUCAUUUUCCGGUAUCUGUCACCCCAUAUUAGCAUUCAUGUCGCGGGACUUGAGACAUCUCGCGAUCUCUGGAAUGAACUUGAAGAACGGUACCGGCGAAUGGAACUUGCCACGUUCUGCGAGUUGUUUGCGCAGCUUCGUGAAACCACUGGCGAGCGCUGCGGCAGUGCCCGCGAAUUCGUCGAUCGAGUACGGUUGCUCGUACAUCGAUUGAAUGCUAUCGUGCCAGGAUCCAUUGGCGAUCGAACGCACAUUGCGAUCUUACUGACGCAGAUCGGACCGGAAUACAUUCUAGUUGUGGAUGCCAUCCAGAAUGACAAGGAUCCGGUGAAUCCGACCACGAUCGGAAACCGUCUGUCGAAUGCUGAGCAGACGGUUCGGAGAAAAGAAGCUCCAACACCCUUGCAGGCAGCAUCUGGCCCGUCCGUCAAUACGGUGCAGCAGACUGCCAAGAAAUGCAACUAUUGCAAGAAGCGCGGCCAUGUGGUCGCGCAGUGCUGGAAGAAACAGCGAGAAGCCCAGCCGUCCAGGGACCAUGCCCUGAAGGCUGAGAGGAGUGUUUCCGGCUCACCAAGAAGUCAUUUACAAAAGAUACCAUCAAGCCAGAUGGAAGAUCGGCAGGGCCCGCCGACUUCCAAGAGACCGAGGAUCAAUAUCGUGAGGGCCAGAGUGACGACUCUCUAUACCCACGCGCCGCAACCCCGGUGGAUCCUGGACUCGGCCGCCACCAGCCACAUCUGCUGGGACCGGAGCUGCUUCAGCAGUCUGCGGCCCCACCACCAGCUGUUGGACACGGCGGGCGAUCCAGUGCAAGCCGAAGGGAUUGGUACGGUGAAGCUCACGCUCCGGGGGAAGUUCAACCAGCCCCUGGUGUUGAAGAACGUGUACUUCGCGCCACGCGUCGGAAUGAACCUGAUCAGUGUGCCGAAGCUACUGCGUGACCGCUACUCGGUGGUGGCGCACCCGCAGAACGUCUUUGUGCAACGCCGAGGACGGACCGUGGGGACCGCCUACCAUGCGGAGGAGGAUCUGUUGAUCCUGCGGUGCCAUGUGAGCAAGAGAUCGCGAGAGCGAGUCCAACUGGCGAGGGCGCCGACGACCCAUGACCAUGCAGAUUCCCUGGAACCGCAGGCGGUGGCCAUGGACGUCGACGAGCCUCGGGAGUCAAGUGACGCAGAAUGCGCAGCGUCAACCUCUGAACUCGGUGGUGAAGCUGUGAUACUCGAAGCAGAUGUGUGCACAGGAGUGGACCAGGCCUCCGAAGCGUUGUGGCACGCUCGGAUGGGACAUCUGAACCGGGGCGACCUGAGGGUGGUCCUCCGGCAGACCGGCACUCCGUACCGACCGCUGACGCAGGCGCAGCUGCUGGCAACGCCGCAGUGCCCGGCGUGCAUGUCGGGUAAGCAGCAUCAGAAGAGGAACUCCCGCGCAAGACGGCCACGUCUGCAUUCAACGAGAAUUUUCGAAUUGAUCCAUUCGGACAUCAUGGCGAUGCCGAUGGCCAAAGAUGGCUCCAGGUACGUGAUCACCUUUACUGACGAUUAUUCUCGAGGCUCGUGGGCCUAUGCCAUGAGAUGGAAGCAUGAAGCGCUCCAGAAGUUCCAACAUUUUGAGGCCUGGGUGCACCGACAGUUCGGCGCCCAGAUCCGAAGAUUCCUCACCGAUAACGGGCGAGAAUAUCUGCCAAUUGGAACCCAUCUCGAAUCCCAGGGAGUUGAGUUCGAUACCUCGCCGCCAUACUGCAAAGGGCAGAAUGGGCUGGCCGAACGCACCAAUCGUACUAUCCGGGAGCGGAUCAACACGCUCCUGUCCGAUGCGAACCUUUCUCCUUCCUGGUGGAUCGAUCUUGUAGACACGGUAGUCUAUCUGAAGCUGCGCGCGCCGGCAUCAAUCUUAAAGAAAAAGACACCGUUUGAAAUACUAUAUGGGAAGUCGCCCUCGCUCUUGCAUCUGCGACGGAUCGGCUCCCGUGCAUGGGUCUUGAUCCCAAAAGAGCAUCGAGCCAAACUCGGACCGAGAUCAUCCGAGUGCCGACUGCUAGGCUAUUGUGAACCAAAUCAGUACAAGCUCUAUGAAAUCCAUUCUGGAAAGACAGUCUUUUCCCGUGAUGUCGAGUUCGAUGAGAGGACCCCGGUGGCGCCACUCAUCGAGGGGGAAACAGGCAACGACCUCCCGGACAACGCUCCUCCAUCACCUGUCUUUCCAUCCAAGCCAAGUUCAGCCAGCGGGCUGCCAACACCACCUGCAUCGCCAUUACCUCCGCCGAAUGAGCAAGAGAAAACGCCAUCUGAGCGUGACGAGGAGACACCUCCAGUGUUCGACUAUCAUGUCGACGGGUCCGUGUCCAUUCACCAACAUCAGUACAUCCAGAAGGUGCUCUCCGACUUUGGCAUGGAGAAUUGUCAGCCGAAGUCUACGCCGAUGAAUCCCAAGCAAAUCCUGAAUCAUCGUCCAGACGAGGAACCUCCGGACGAGGAAGCCAAAGCUCGUUAUGCGACCGCCAUCGGUUCGUUAAUGUAUCUCAUGGUUGGCACGCGACCGGACAUUGCAUUUGCGCUGGGCAUAUUGAGUCGCUUCACGUCUCAGCCGCAAUCACACCACCAAGUCGCUCUGCAGCGAUUGCUUCGUUACAUCAAAGCCACGCAAUCUCAUCGCAUUACCUACCGCAGUGGGCAGCUGAUCGGGUAUACGGAUGCCGACUUUGGUGGCUCCGUCGUCACUGACGGUGCAUACUCGACAUCUGGCUAUGUAUUCCAGCUUGCAGGUGCGCCAGUUUCCUGGUCGUCCAAGAGACAGGGGAAGUAG